AUGCCGGCUCAGACGGAAUGGCUAAAGGCUCAUGCCACGCCAGCUGGAGAAACCGCACAGGGCGAAAACUACUACACAGACGACGUGGAUUGUCUCAUCGACUACCUUGAAGGAAACAUUACGGCUGAGGAGGCUGCGCUGUCUAUAACCCAAGAUUUACUCGACGAGGUCAACCCACCUACUGAGCUAUACCGGUUUAUGGGAUUACUCUGCGAAGCCCUGGUAGAAUUGAAAAACGACAGAGAAAAGCUAUUAGAGCUCCUUGCAGCCAUCAAGAGGAUUCCGCCUGAAGAGAUUAACUGGCCUGCUCUACCAGGACUUCUUCCCUUGUGGAGCGACUUAUACAGACUCCAUACCCGCGGCCCAAAUGGUUGGGAGGUAAUAGGAGAACCGCUACCUGACAACAAGAAAGCUGAGCUGCGCCGACAUUAUGAAGAGAUCGGGGCGGUCGAAGCCACGCUAUACGUUCGAGAACUCGGCGGCGUUACGGAGAAUUGGGGGUACGAGCUGUUGAACCUGGCCAGUCUGAGACGUCCAGGCCUCGAUGUUGUCAUCGGCGAGAUACACGCGUGGCUUACUGUUGCUGGGACAAAGUUGGUAAAAGACUUGGAUCCAGACGAAGUGAGGAACUGGCCUAGGCCGGUGGUCGGUGGGCAGCCUGGGCAGCGGCUUUCGGUUGAGGCGACAAUGGCACAGCAUUGGGAGGCGUGGAGAAGCUCUUUGCUGCGAAUUAGCGAGGAGAAGGGUUUAUUGAGUGAUGAAGCGAGGAUGCUUGCAAGAAAGUGCCAUGCGAUGAUGCAAAGGCCUGUACAGGCCCAAAAUGGUCAAUAG